CUACUAACUGUGUGCGGAGGCAAGCGCUUAACCAUGGUUAACCAACAGUAAACUACUUCUCCAACUCUAUAAAUUGGCCCAUUUUGGGUAUGGGAGAAGUAAUGAGCUAGCGGUUGGUACUCCCUGCUUGGUCUGCCUCGGAAAGAUACAGCGAUUGCAGGUCUAGAGAGUGAAUCUGCAAACAGUCUAUUCAUAACCAUUGGACUGGGGAGAUCUUGGUUGUAUUGUGGUCUGUUUUGGCUUUGGAUUCUCAGCUUCGGAUUCUCAUCAUGUAUCCUCCUCCUAACCCAGUUCCUGACAUUGGUUUGAAUAGUACUGCUGAGGAGCUCUUCAUCUCUUUGGAGAAAAUGGCUCACGGAUACCCUCUUCCUAACAAUGUGAUUACUGAUGUCAAUCCAUACAACUAUUCACCAUCAUAUUUACCACAAGGAAUUUGGUACUUGAUUCGCUCCAAGGAGAAUGGAGCUACGGACCUUGGGUUUUGGAAAGUCAAAGGAGAAGCCUCUAAACUAUUCUCAACCUCUUAUAUCACUGGUUGGAUGACAACUCUUGAAUUUUUUGAAGGCCAAGUGCCUCACGAGCGUAAAACUAAUUGGCAGAUGCAAGAGUAUUGGAUAACUCAGAAAGGACCAGGUGAAAACAGCAAGAAAAAGGAAACCAGCUCGUUGUGCAGAGUCUUUCUUGGUGGUGAACAAGGUCUCGAUUAUCAAAAGCGGCAGGAAAUGGCAAGCCUCCAUAUUGCUGAUCAUACCCUUGUUCACUCAACAGAAUCAAUUGUUCUAAAGGCUAACAAUGGUACUAGCAAUGGAUCUACAAGCAAACAUGUGGUGGACAAGGAUGAUGAAACAGGGGUUGUGGCUGUGACAGGAGAACCUCCAAAUUAUCUGGUAGAAAACCAACCAGAAAUUGAUUAUUUUCCCAGAGGCGACUACUUGGAACUGCUGGAUCUUGAUAAUCCGGCAUCGCCUUCUUCAAGCUCAGAUAAUUCAAGUUGCUUGACCAUGUCAUCAGAUGAAUAUUUUGAUUCAUUGGCCUUGCUGCGAGAACUAGAUUCUGAAAGUAACCAAGACUUGGUACAAAAGAAUGAAAAUUGCAAGUUCAGUAUCUCUGUAUCAUUCAAACCAAAUGAAGUGCUUAUGGUUCCAGCAUCUCCAGUGGGAUCUCUUAGUAGCAACGAAGAAAGCAGGCAAGGAAUUCUUGGAACUGGUUUAUCCCUUCCUGCUUUGGUUGAUGACAAUGAAAACCUAGUUGACGUAGUUAGAAGCCAGAAGGCAGAUUACAGGGAUGAAGGUCCAUCAAAUUCUCAUGAUGCAGGCACAUCAUCAAGCCGCCAGCAUCCAUCUCAAGAUGGAGAAAGGAAGGCUGCUAAAGGCAGAAAGAAAAAGCUCAGGAAGAAUAAGUAUAGUUGCUUCAUGCCUUUCUAUUUCCUCUUCUAAAUUCACAACAUCCAUAGCAUGUGUAUGCAAGAAAAUAGUAUUAGCUAGUGGGUUAAACUCACAAUGUGGUUAAUAUAGUAUCCAAACUACAUAUUAUUAGGUCAGGGACAGAAGCCUUACAUAGGGAGGUUAUGGACUUGCUUUUUUCUGUUCAACUGACUAGGGAAUAUAUCAGAUAUAGACAUCACAUAGAUGUAGAUGUUGUUUGAUGGAAACAACAAUAGCAAUCUGAUGAUGAAGAAAUAUAUAGGAAAAAUUUAUUACUUUGAUUAUUUGCAAUAGGAUAAAGAAUCCUUUGCAUUUUCUUCCUGUAAGCUUCCUAUUUUUGUACUGAAUGUAACAUAUAUAAUAGAACAAACUACUUUUUUGUUUA